AUGAAGGUCCUUAUAUGGAAUGUCAGAAAGAUUGGUAAAGUUGAGAAGCAAAGAGAGGCCAAAGAUUAUUUAAGAGCACAAGAGGUAGAUUUGAUUGGCUUGGUGGAAACCAAAGUGAGGAGUGGAAAGGUGGCUAGAAUUACGAGUGUCGAAGGUGCUCGCUUGGAUAGUAUACUUCCACAGUUUGAUAGUAUUCUCAACCAAAUAUGUGGUUUGAUUGAAGAUAAGCUUAGAGAUCUUGUGGUAUCAAGCAUCUUUAAGGCAUCAUUGGAAGGGUAUGUCUGGUUAUUACUAGAUGGAGGGCCUUCACGUGCAUUUUCUGAUUCAGAUAUCACAAAAAUGGAAGAUGACCUGAAUAUAUUGAAGGACCUGUUUGUAGCUGAUGGAGAAGGCCUUCCACGAUCCUUAGUCGAGGUGGAAGCAAAAUUUGCCCAUCAAAUCUUGAGUCUGUUUUCCCUUCAGACGGAAUCUGUUAUCCAUAUGUUGAUGACUGCAAGUGAAAACAUUUCAGUAGGGCUGGAGUCACAUAACAAUGGCAGCAUGUCCUUGGGAGAUGCUUACACCUUAAUACGAGUAUUAUGCCACAAGAAAGAUAGAGAAGCCUCCAAGUUCUUAAAAAGACAAUAUCAGCUGCCUGCAUCCUCGGAGUAUGAUGACACUCCAUUGAAGGACUCAAGUUUCAAAUCACCUCUAGUAGCAGAUCUUCUAAAGCGAAGUGCAUCGUUUCGCUGGUCUGAGAAAGGCCACAGCAGCUUCAGUUCAAUAAAGAAAAGACUCCAAGAUGCAACUUCGGAGAUUAGACAUGCAGCGUGUCGUAAUGAUUUGACUGGAUACGAAGCGACAUCCGCCGUAACACUAUGGACACUUUCCACAUUAGAGUCUCCGGAUUGUGAUUCACUCCUUUGCUUGAACUUGUGGCGCUCUCUCAUGGACACUGGCCUUUCAAUGCCAUGGAACAACAAAAGUCUUGAGCCAUUAGCUUGUCAAAUUCCUUUGAUGGGUCUAGAGCAGACACUAGACUGUUCUCUACUAUUGACAUAA